AUGGCAUCAAACCUUCCAAUCUUAUGCAUUGAUAAAAUAUUCGGAAACCUAAAAAACGACCACAAAACAUUACAUUCGUGCAUCUUUGUAAAUAGUAAUUGGUGUCGACAAGGAAUUCCUCUCUUAUGGUAUAAUCCAUUUCAAACAGCGAGCAAUCCUGCAUUAUUGAUCGACACACUAUUUCUCUGUCUUCCGAAAGUCGAAAAACAAAAGUACGGGCUAAUACCAAAGAAUAAUGAUUGGAUAUCAAUAUCAGCUUCUUCAGAUAACCAGGAUGACGAUGACCUCUUGAAGCCGAUGUUUGCAUAUGAUUCUUUGAUUAAAAAAUUUUCAUUGGGUGAUUUGUAUGCUGCGAUAAAUGAAUGGUGUUCACCUGUGCCACACAAAAGAACUUCACGGAAAUUGCUAAAGACAUUUUGUCAACGUUUAAUUGAAGAAGCAAAAUUAGAAGAAUUAGAAUUGGAUUUUGAUAAUCUCGAGUUUUUUAAUAAUGAUGAAUGGGGUUGCGACAGUAAAGAGUGGGAUAUAUUCCAAUGGUCGGGAGCAAAAGAUUCUUGUUCAAAUCUACAACGAAUGCAAAUAUCUGGUGAAUAUCCCGCAGAAAUACUUUAUUCAGCAGCACAAUUAUGCAGUAAUAUAGAAUCCAUAAGCGUGACUUUAAAUCCAUACUCACAACUCACCUUUACAUCUAAAACCUUGUCUGAUAGCAACGUAUUCGAACGAAUUGAUUACUUGAUUGUACUAAUCGCAGCACAAUUCACGUUAACAAGUAUCACAAUUUCGAGAUAUCAUGAUUGGGAAUCUUCACAAGACUUACAACGUUUAUUUGAUGCUCUCGUUCUUCACUCGCCCUUUUUAAAGUACAUUGAAUUAUGUGAUAUUAAUUUGUCAGAACAAUUUAUGAUUUUGGAUAUUUUAUCGAUACAUCAACAGUUGGAACAAAUUGUCUUUAGGAAUUGCUCAUUGUUAGAUUCUAAUUAUUAUCCCAGGUUAUCAGUUGAAGCUUUCUCGAAACUAACUGUGUUGGAAUUUAGGAAUACAUUUGUCGUGAAGAGUGUCAUCAGUAUAUUAAUGCUUCAUGCUGCUUCAUCUCUGCGAGAAUUAGUUCUUGUUGGAUCAGUUUCAUUUGACACCAUCGAAUUCUUGCAAGAUUAUGGAUCCAAUAAUCCAAACAUUGAAAAAUUUGAAGUCUAUUUGUCAUUCGAUCAAUUGCCGUCGAUUUUACAUACAAUUAACGAUGACGAAGAGAAAGAUGAGGAAGAUGACAAUGUGUACGACAACGAGAACGAUAACAGCGAUGAGUGUGACGACGGAGAACAAGAGAGAUGGGAUAACUAUGAUAAUAGAAAUGGCUUUGAUAAAUUUGUUUCUGGAUUAUGGCAAUGGUUACCCUCGGAACUACGAUAUCUGGAAAUAAACACAACUCUAGAAUUUUCUCCAAUGGCGAUACAAAGUUUCUUGAUGGAAACUAAAGCCGAAAUUCAGAUUUUAAAAUUCCCAAUUUCCACUUGUAUUUCUGAUAACCAUUUGGAAGUGAUUGUCGACUAUGGAUUUGUAGAGUACUUGGACAUAAGUAACGCAAGAUUUGUCACGAAAAACGGAAUUGAGAAUGCGCGAAAAGACAUUAAUAUUAUUGAACAUGUAUUUUACGAAUAG